CGUGGAUUGUAAAGUUCGAGUUCUUCGCCCCUUUGUUUGUCGGUUGUGUUUACCAACACGAAAACCUUUUCAUUUGUUCCUCCCAAACAAACAAACCUUUGAUUUCAGUUCUUCCUCAAUUCAACUUCGACAAGAGGAUUGUGCUGUUUUCUUCUACACACCCUUUUGAUUUCUCUGAUCAGUUCAAACAAACACAGCACCUAUUUAUGGCCAGCGUUGGUGAUAUAAAGGAAUCUGAAUGGAUAGAUAGGAUAAUAUCUGAAGGGGCCGUUCCACUUCUUGAGCCAGACAAUUGUUCAAACGGUUGGGCUACACCUCCUGGUGAUGUGUUCAUGGUGAGAGGCCCUGAGUAUUUUAAGACAAGGAUUAAGGUUCCUGCUGGUGAUUAUCUGCUGAAGCCUCUUGGUUUUGAUUGGAUUAAAAGUUCUGUGAAAAUUGGGGAGAUAUUAAACGAUCCAAAUAGUAGGGUAAGGAAGGUCAUUGAUAAUGAGUUUCCAGGAGCUGAAAAGCCCUUUGUAUGGGCCUUCAAUGUUCAAGUCCCAAACAAAGAUAACUAUAGUGCCAUUGCUUAUUUUACAACCAAAGAGAGAGUUGUUGAGGAUUCCCUAAUGGAAAAAUUUUUGAAGGGUGACAAUGCAUUCAGAAACUCAAGGCUAAAGCUGAUUGCCAACAUUGUAAAAGGUCCUUGGAUUGUUAGAAAAGCUGUUGGAGAACAAGCUAUUUGUGUGAUUGGGCGUGCCCUUUCAUGUAAAUAUUGCACAGGAGAGAAUUUCAUAGAAGUAGAUAUUGAUAUAGGGUCUUCCAUGGUUGCAAGUGCAAUAGUUCAUUUGGCAUUUGGUUAUAUCUCAACUUUGACCGUUGAUUUGGCUUUUCUUAUUGAGAGCCAAGAUGAAUCAGAGCUUCCUGAGAAAGUUCUAGGUGCUUUCAGAUUUUCUGAUCUUGACCCUGCUUCUGCUAGAUCAGUUGAACCAUCACCUGUUGUGAAUUGUGACGAAGUACAAACAUCUUUACCUACUAGAUUGUGGAAGUCAAUUGGACAGGGCUUUUCCCAUAUUCUUCAUUCAGGUCCUCAAGAAGAUGGUUCCUCUUCUGAUUCACAACAUGCAAAAAUUGUACCAGAUCACAAAGAUAAUCCAACUGAUGCCAAAAACUGAUAGAUUGGAGUGAAGGAAUUGGAAGGGUGUGGAGUUCAAUUUGAGAUGAUUAUUCUUUUAGCCAUUUUUUUAUUAUUCAGUUCAUAGCAUCUGUUGUAUUACUUGAUUCUUUCCUAUGUGAGUAUUAUGUAAUACUACAGAAACUUAGAAAACCUUAAGAGUGGCUACAUUCUUUUAGCUGGACUGUUAUGUAUAGAUUCACUAUUUCGUUUACA